UCUAGAAUUUUAGUGAGUAUAUAAAAGCAAACCUACUCAACGCGCGUCUUCAUUCAAUAAAUUGCUAAGUGUCCGAUACUGUGUUUAUAAAUUUUUGAAGUGUAUUUUAACAUUGGUUUAUCUAAAUAUCAAGAUGUCAACAGAAAUGGAAACAAAAGCAGAAGAUGUGGAAACUUUUGCAUUCCAGGCAGAGAUUGCUCAACUUAUGUCAUUGAUUAUUAAUACCUUUUAUUCAAAUAAAGAAAUUUUUUUAAGAGAACUUAUAUCAAACUCUAGUGACGCCCUUGAUAAGAUUCGUUAUGAAUCUUUAACUGAUCCUUCUAAGCUUGAUAAUGGCAAAGAAUUAUUUAUUAAAAUUAUUCCAAACAAGAAUGAUGGUACUUUGACUAUUAUUGAUACUGGUAUUGGUAUGACUAAGGCUGAUUUGGUAAAUAAUCUUGGUACAAUUGCAAAGUCUGGUACCAAAGCUUUUAUGGAAGCACUUCAAGCUGGUGCAGAUAUUUCCAUGAUUGGACAAUUUGGUGUAGGUUUUUAUUCUGCUUAUUUAAUAGCAGACAAAGUCACUGUUAUUUCAAAACACAAUGAUGAUGAACAAUAUCUAUGGGAAUCUAGUGCUGGUGGAUCAUUUACUGUUAGACAUGAUAAUGGAGAAACAUUAGGACGAGGAACAAAAAUUGUUUUACAUGUAAAAGAAGAUCAAGCCGAAUAUUUAGAAGAGAGUAAAAUAAAAGAAAUUGUAAAAAAACAUUCUCAAUUUAUUGGUUAUCCAAUUAAAUUAGUUGUACAGAAGGAACGUGAAAAAGAACUGAGUGAGGAUGAAGCUGAAGAAGAAGAAGAAGAGAAAAAGGAAGAUGAUGGAAAACCAAAAAUUGAAGAUGUAGAUGAAAAUGAAGAAGCACCAGAGGAAGAAGGAAAAAAGAAGAAGAAAAAAACUAUUAAAGAGAAAUAUACAGAAGAUGAAGAAUUAAACAAAACAAAACCUAUCUGGACUAGAAAUUCUGAUGAUAUUACACAAGAAGAAUAUGGUGAAUUUUAUAAAUCAUUGACAAAUGAUUGGGAAGAUCAUUUGGCUGUUAAACAUUUUUCUGUAGAAGGUCAAUUAGAAUUCAGAGCUUUACUUUUUAUUCCAAAACGUAUGCCAUUUGAUUUAUUUGAAAAUAAGAAAAGGAAAAAUAAUAUUAAAUUAUAUGUAAGAAGAGUAUUCAUUAUGGACAACUGUGAACAGUUAAUUCCAGAAUAUUUAAAUUUCAUAAAAGGAGUAGUUGAUAGUGAAGAUCUUCCUUUGAACAUUUCUCGUGAAAUGCUUCAACAAAAUAAAAUUUUAAAGGUUAUUCGUAAAAAUCUUGUAAAAAAAUGCAUAGAAUUGUUUGAAGAACUUGCAGAAGACAAAGAUAAUUAUAAAAAAUUCUAUGAACAAUUUAGCAAAAACAUUAAAUUAGGUAUUCAUGAGGACAGUUCUAAUCGUAAUAAAUUAUCUGAUCUUUUAAGAUAUCACACUUCAUCUUCUGGAGAUGAGGUCUGUUCUCUUAAGGAUUAUGUAGGUAGAAUGAAAGAGAAUCAAAAACACAUUUACUUCAUUACUGGAGAGAGCAAAGACCAAGUUGCAAACAGUUCAUUUGUUGAACGUGUAAAAAAACGUGGCUUUGAAGUUGUUUAUAUGACAGAGCCUAUCGAUGAAUAUGUAGUACAACAAAUGAAAGAAUUUGAUGGAAAACAAUUAGUAUCUGUAACCAAAGAAGGUUUAGAGUUUCCUGAAGAUGAAGAUGAAAAGAAGAAAAGAGAAGAAGACAAAGCCAAAUAUGAAAAUUUAUGUAAAGUAAUGAAAAAUAUUCUUGACAAUAAAGUAGAGAAAGUUGUAGUUUCGAAUCGAUUGGUUGAUUCACCUUGCUGUAUAGUUACUUCACAAUAUGGUUGGACUGCUAAUAUGGAAAGAAUUAUGAAAGCUCAAGCACUUAGAGACACAUCUACUAUGGGAUAUAUGGCUGCAAAAAAACAUCUUGAGAUAAAUCCUGACCAUACUAUUAUUGAAACUUUACAUCAGAAAGCAGAAACAGAUAAAAAUGAUAAAGCAGUAAAAGAUUUAGUAAUUUUAUUGUUUGAAACAGCACUUUUAUCUUCUGGUUUUACUUUAGAUGAACCACAAGUUCAUGCUGCAAGAAUUUACAGAAUGAUUAAAUUGGGACUUGGUAUUGAUGAAGAAGAAUCUGUAUCAGAAGAACAAACUACAGAAGAAAUUCCUCCUCUGGAAGGAGAUACAGAAGAUAGUUCACGAAUGGAAGAAGUAGAUUAGAAACUUAAUCUUAAUAAAUUUAAAUAUAAUGACAAUAUCAAUGUCAUUGAUCAUUGAAAGACUGCUGAAAUAACCACGUUUUAUGUGGUAUUAUUAUCCAUUUUCAUUUUAAUUUUCUAUACAAUCUUAAUUUAUCAAAAAUAUUUUUUGAUGCCAAA